CAGCCGUGAAACAUUAAUAAGCGCCGGAGCCUCGCGUUCGCCUUGGCACUAACUCCGGCGUCUUACAACACAACGUCCGGUGCAAGAUCAUGAAAUGAAGAGGAAACGUGUUCAAGCAUGCCCAAAAUAAGCAACGCUUAUGCAAGCCGUACAAUAAGACGUGAAAGACCUAAGGAAACUCUUGCCAAAAAUGCGUCAUCAUCGUUUACGCCGUCGGCCAUAACACACCAUACCCGCCCCUCCAACCAGCAAAAACCACCUGCCGACCAAAGCUGUACAGAUGCAGUCUCGCCCCGUUUCUGUUUGAUGCCUGUAUCCGUUCUAGCAAUUCUUCCGUCGCUCACUUCUAGUCAUGAUCGAAUGAGGUGGUUUGAUGUGAGUCGGCCAGGGUCAAACUUUCAUUUUGCCCCGGCUCUCUGCCGUCGUAGUAAGCCUGAGAUAGCGCGUGCAGGCUGGCACAUGUCGAGGAGUCGUAGAAUUGAUGUCGCGAUGAAGGACGAAGCAAUGGUUUUAUAGAGCGUACGGGUUCAGAGAGCGGAUAGUCAAGCAAACAAGCCGAGAUAUUUGUCCUUGUUGCUGAUCUUGCUCUCCGGCGCACCAGCGUUCAACAGCUUCGAGUCCGAUUUGCUGCGCUGCGGUCCAGUGCCGUUGCGGGCGGGCGACGAUGGGCCGGAUUGCGUUCCGCGGUCG